AUGGCGCCGAAAGUCGGGGAUAUUCUGAAGCGCUUAGGCUUGAGAGGCGCUAUCAUCCGAUAUGGCGAGCAAUGGAAAACCCAAGAAGUCAAAGACCUCGAAGACGACAUCAGAGCUUUCUACCAAAAAUACGAGCCUUAUCUGAAACGUGAGGAAGAAUACCCUUUUGAAUUCAACACCGACAUCAACGAGAUUCUCGAGAGACAUGGCCCUGUUCUAUGGCCUGAUGGCCCACGUAGCGAAGAGACGACACUGUGGCUGUUCCCUGCAGGCGAGAUUCCUGAAUACCUUGAGGACAUAUAUUACAGUCGUCAUAUCGACAAUAACCAAAGACACGCAGAACUCAAGGCCAAAGAAAGGCGCGAAGCUGAACUUGCUGCUGCGGCCGCUGCCAAUGCUAGUACAUCUAACCAUGAUCCUGCAUUCUCAGAUGAUUCCGACUUGACCGAUUUUGACAGCCAUGACGAGAUACCUUCUUUCGUUCAUGUCUUUAAGUUUGAGAGUAACGAGGGUAGAGCCAAGUUGCAAGAAAUUCUCNAAAAGGAAGAGUUCAACCUGAGAAAGAGAAAGUUCAAGACCGACUCGCCCCUGGGCUCCGUCAAGCGUUCGAAACAACCAAGAGUGCCCUCUGAACCCGUUGAACCGAACCACAACCAGCAUAUGCCUACCUGGACCACUACCAACAAUGACAUGAUUCGUGUCGCUAGUCCUCUGCACCUUGAGAAUGGGCAUGAUCUUCUUGUUGCGGCAGCAUCAGGCCACACUCAUGGCUUCGUUCCUGUCAAUCGACCUGAGCAAACCGAACAGCCUGUGCAGCACAUCUCAGACAGCGAUGAAGACGGAUCUGUGUUCGGAAGGACCGCCUUGAGCCUGCACUCGAGCGACGGCAGUUCGCCCAACCACGAGUCACACCAUCUGCCAGAGACGCCUGGCGAAGGCGUCCUUNUACAUACACAAUACUCACUGCCCCAGGACAUUACUUCAAACGCACAGGCUAGUCCUUCUGCCUCAAAGUCGCCACAACACGAACCGCCUGCACAAGAAUCUGUUGCACCAACUCCAGAAGUGUCUUCGGAAGCUGCUUUACAGCCUCAAGUAACCGGUCAAUUCAUACCCUGGCAAAAACUUAGCAAGAGACGAGCCAAAAGAUCAAAGACCGCCCUGCGCCCUAUGGUCGACAAUGAAGACACGGAGCCUGUGGCACAAGCUAGUCAGAGCUUGACGGAGCUACCAACGAGGCAACCACCUACCAUUCCAAACCUGCCUCUUACUCCUCAACAGGACGAGCCCGUCGCAUCCGUGGACAACGACAAUAGUGUCGAAAGCCGGAAGCUAAUGAGAAGAACUCACGUCCGCACUCCCGCAACAGAGUCGUCAAAGCGCAUGACAGACAACGCCUCGACCGCCACGCCCAGCGCUCCACAACACAACAUCCAACAGAUCCAUCAUCUCACACCUCUCUCGACACAAACUCAAACACGUACGUAUCAAACUCCUUACGCCGAACCGCAUCCACCUGUGUCCACUCCGCAAUCAGUCCCAACAUCAGUUGAUGCUGGUCUUGGUAUCGUCAACUCGCAUCCUGCACCAAUGGAUUCUCCACUUAUCAUGUCUGGUCCAACCCCAACUAUCAUAAACAAGCAGAUGCCGUCACCCACCGACAUGCCUGUGUCAACACAAAUCAUCACAAAUCACUUUGCGAAUACGUUUGUCAAGUUCACCCUGACUGUCAAUGGCCGUUCAAGUCACAAGAACAUCAAGCUCGCCGAUUGCUUUGAUGCUGUUGCCUUACACCAAACAGUCAGUAGUCGUUUCAAGCAUGGACUUUCAGGCCAGCCCCCCUCAGAAAUCGUCUUUGUAUUUGCCGACGAAGAAUUUGGAGUUGAUACACCCGACGAAAGUGGGCAGAGUCUCUGGGACGAGUUCAUGCAGAUGAUCGUCAACAAUGCUCCUCCAGGCACCUGCCCAAUCACUGCUGCAGUAAGAGUCUGA